AUGUCAUCGAAAAGUAAAAGCAGUGGCAGCAAAAAAAAGAGUAAGGGGUCGAGCAAGUCUACCCCCAAAAAUAAGGAAAUUGCGUUUGCUGAAAUUCCCCCUAUUAUCUUGAAAGACGUUAGAUGUAAACUUGUCUCCACUUCCUCGGACCUUCCGAACUAUACAUUUCAGAAUUUCCGAUGUGCUCGAUGCAGUCUGGUUCUUAACACUUUCCAGUCUUUUAUCGAUCAUAGCUGUUGGCGGAAGUAUUACACCGCAAAGUAUCAUUUGGGUUGUACACAAGCUUUUGCUUGUCGCGUGUGUGAGGUUAUUUUCUAUUCUCAUACUGAUUAUGCAAGUCACCGAUGUUUUGAUGAUAAGCGCUGUGAUAUUUCUGAAUGGUGGACACCCGAAGAAGUUAUUCCGAUUAGUUAUCGCCAACACCAUGACUACUACAUUAAUUGGGCUAGAAAGUCGGAGCGAGAAAUGCAGCCCCAUGAGCCAGAUUGUAACUAUAUCUGUCGCUGCUGUAAAUGCAGUAGAAGAUUCAAGUCAAAGAUUGAGUUUAUCCUCCACAGUUGCUGCCUAUUCAUCGUACUUUCGCCUACACAACUUCGGCGUCUGAAAACAUGCAUGUGCUGUAAGUUUGUAUUCCUAAAUGAAGAGGAGUACGGGAAACAUGUUAUUUAUUGCAACCCAAAGAGGGCAUUUUGUAUUGAUUUCGGUUUGACAACAGCUGAAAUUGCCUGUCAACAAUUUGUCACUGGGAGACAUUGCUUUGAUUUUGAUUUCCAUCUACAUAAUAUAGUUGGUUUCAAUCCUCAUGAAAAUAUUAUGAAUUUAAAGGAUGCCACUUCAUUAAGUAAUGUCAAUUGCCCUGAAUGUGGUUUUGGGCAGACAGAUUUGAUGGAAUUUCUUUAUCAUCCAUGUGUAGCGGGGAAAAAACUGUCUCCAUUUAACUUGGAGUUAAUUCUCUACUGUUGCGAAUGCUCCUAUCUUUUUGUGGAUAUCUUCGAAUGUAUUGAACACUUGAAAUCCUGUUCCCCAGUUAGCUUUGCGUUUGUCCGAUUCAACACACCCGAUUUAUUGAGAGUAGCUUUAAGACGUUGGUCUAAAGAGAUAGACGAACAUCCAUUCCUUCCAGCACGUCAAGAAAAGUUUAGAUGUGGAGAUUGUGAGGAAAUCUACAGGCGAUUUGAUUGUUUCUUAACUCAUCUUUGUCCUAGAAGGGAAAGAUAUGAAAAACUCUUCGUUCAGCCCCUUGGAAUCAUGGAAACUUAUACAUGUGAGGCCUGUCAUUUGGUUGUAUUCUCAAUCUCUGAAGCUAUUGAACAUUCUAAGAACUGCAAUGGCGAACGCUAUCCCCGUAUGGUGCAAAUUCACUACGCUAUGGAAGAGGUAAUCGCAGCUCUAACCCCAUGGACGAAAUGUCCCCAGUCGUUGAAAUUUGAUAUUGUAAUUGGAGCCAGUAAUGAGGCAGACGAGAGAAAAAUAGUGGAGAAUAAAACGUUGGCGAAAGAUCGUCAUGAAGUCGAGAGGGGAAUUGCUCAGCGAAUUGAAAUGUGGAUAAGUAGAACUAUUUGUAAACGAGCAGAAGAAAGGCUGAUGGUCAAUAGUGAGCAUGUUAAAGAGGUUGACCAGCGUACCUGCCCAAAUAAAUUAUAA